ACCUCUCUCCCUAAAGCAUAUACCAACCAACCACAUUUCCUAGCUAACAAACAAAUUUUUCAGUUUUAAUUUGUUAAAGCCCCCCUCUUUACUUUGUUUUAAAUUAGCUUAACUUUACUCUUCUUUAAUUCCCUUAAUCUUGAGGAAACUAUGAAAAACAUGAAAAGGGUUUUCAUGUAUUUUGGUUGUGUUUCUACUAAAACAUCUGAACCUUCUGAUAAUCUUACUAAUACCUUAGAAUUAAAUAAAGCACUCAAGACUGUUCAAUCUCCUGUUUGCAAACCUCCAGCAGGUAGUAAAGAAGAAGCUUUUUAUGAUUCAAAACCUUGGCUAGAUUCUGAUGAUGAACAAGAUUUCUACAGCGUCAAUGGUGAUAUCCCUGCAGCUUCAUACAAGGUGGGAACAUUAAAGAAGGAUGGAGAAGAACAAGUACAAGGAAGGAAGCUAUCAGAGCUUUUCAAAGAUAGCAGUUUUCGCAGUGACAGCCUUAAAGCUGCACAUUGUGAAUAAAAUAAUAGGGGAAGAUGAUAUUUGUCUCAACUAAAUAAGAUUUAAUUUUACUAUUUAAAUUUAAUUGUGAUGUUGAUAUAUAGAGUAAUUUGAUCCAAAAUUUGAGAAAGAUUUUAUUUUUAAUAUCAAAGCAAUAAGUAUAUAUUCUAUAUUAGCUUGAAAUAAGAUAAUUAUUCCAAAUCACAUGUAAGUAUAUACCUUUAUGAAGUACAUUUUUGUUUAUCUUUAUUAACUUCAACUUAUAAUCAUAUUGCAAAAACAAUAUUGUAUUACUAU